AUGAGUGAAAUUGAGGCUCAAGAAGAAUCCAUCAAAGUUGUCUGUACUGGAAACACUUUGGAAUCUUCAAGUGAAGAAACACACAAUAAAAAGGAAGAGCGAAGAUACAGUUUGAGAAAUAAAGAGAGAAAGAUUUACACUGAAGAAAGGGAACUUUGUGAUGAUGAUUUUCUGUUUUGCGAAGAUUGCGAGACAUUUUUUAUUGAAGAGUGUCCUGUGCAUGGUCCCCCAGUGUUCAUAAAGGACACAGUUGUUGAAUUCAAUCAACCAGAUCGAGCACGUUUAACUCUUCCAGAGGGCCUCAGCAUUGCGAUAUCCAAAAUUCGAAAGGCUGGUCUUGGUGUGUGGAAUGAAGGAAAGGCUAUUCCUAAAGGAGUUCAUUAUGGACCCUAUGAAGGAGUCACAUCAACUGAAGAAUCAUCUGCUGUCAGUGGCUAUUCAUGGGUGAUCAGUAAAGGAAAGCAAGAUUUUGAAUACAUUGAUGCAAAGGAUGAAUCUAAAUCAAAUUGGAUGAGAUUUGUUAACUGUGCCAGAAAGGAAGAGGAGCAGAACCUUGUAGCCUUUCAGCACCAUGGCAAAAUUUAUUACAGAACCUGCAAGCGUGUUCCUCCUCGGUGCGAGCUGCUGGUCUGGUAUGGUGAGGAAUAUGCCAAAGAACUUGGAAUCAAAUGGACAGCAAUGUGGAUGAUGAAACAAAAUCCAAAAGCAGGGGAAGAGGAUGAGUGUUAUCCAUGCCCUCACUGCAAUGUUGCAUUUACCACUGCCAGUUUUCUUCAGAAGCAUAUCAGAAGACAUCCUGAAUCAUGUGGUCAUGUUUCGGCAGGACAGUCUACUCCUUUCAGUAAAAAUGAUCGUAUGCAUCAACAAAAUCAGGAGGGACUAUUUACAGAAUCCAUCCAGAAUAGAGAAUUUGCUAAAUCAGAUGAAAAUCAAUUGCAGCAGGAAAUCCACAAAGAAGAACGACUGCACACAUGUACUGACUAUGGUAAGAGUUUCCUAUUGUCUGGGAUCUACCAGCAGCCCCACACAGGAGAGAGGAUACAUAAAUGUCCUGACUGUGGAAAGAGUUUCAAAUGGUCUGGGAACCUCCAUUGUCACCAGCGGACCCACACAGGAGAGAGGCCGUAUAAAUGUACUGACUGUGGAAAGAGUUUCACACGGCCUGGGCACCUCCAUUCUCACCAGCGGACCCACACAGGAGAGAGGCCGUAUAAAUGUCCUGACUGUGGAAAGAGUUUCACACAGGCUGGGAACCUCCAUUCUCACCAGCGGACCCACACAGGAGAGAGGCCGUAUAAAUGUCCUGACUGUGGAAAGAAUUUCACACGGGCUGGGAACCUUCAUUCUCACCAGCGGACCCACACAGGAGAGAGGCCGUAUAAAUGUACUGACUGUGGAAAGAGUUUCACACGGUCUGGGCACCUCCAUUCUCACCAGCGGACCCACACAGGAGAGAGGCCGUAUAAAUGUACUGACUGUGGAAAGAGUUUCACACGGUCUGAUAGCCUCCAUUCUCACCAGCGGACCCACAUAGGAAAGAGGCCGUAUAAAUGUCCUGACUGUGGAAAGAGUUUCACACGGUCUGGGCACCUCCAUUCUCACCAGCGGACCCACACAGGAGAGAGGCCGUAUAAAUGUACUGACUGUGGAAAGAGUUUCACACGGUCUGAUAGCCUCCAUUCUCACCAGCGGACCCACAUAGGAAAGAGGCCGUAUAAAUGUCCUGACUGUGGAAAGAGUUUCACACAGGCUGGGAACCUCCAUUCUCACCAGCGGACCCACACAGGAGAGAGGCCGUAUAAAUGUCCUGACUGUGGAAAGAGUUUCACACGGUCUGAUAGCCUCCAUUCUCACCAGCGGACCCACAUAGGAAAGAGGCCGUAUAAAUGUCCUGACUGUGGGGAGACCUUUGUUUAUCCUUACCAGUUGAAAGCUCACACUUGUUUUAAAACCUGCCAACAUUGUGGAAACGACUUUAAAGAUUCAGCAAAUUUUAAAGUUCACUUGAGAAACUGUUUUGAAACCUGA